AUGGCCUUGGAAUUCUUCAGGCAGACGGCCGAUUUCAUUGCCGAUUCGUGGAUUAGCCCACACAGCCAGCGGCCGCUCUUAGCUGUUGCGGGGGCUUCACUCACCUUGGGACUGGCCCUCGGUGCAAUCUGGUCGUCGGAAAACUCGCAUCCGUCCAAGAUCAUCCCAUCGCCUUUGAAGUCUCUGCAGUCUUCGCCGAGCGAGUCGACUGCUUUCCCAUUGGAUGUUUUGCCUGGUGCGCGUGACGUUGCAACGCCUUAUGGCUCAAUCCGUGUAUACGAGUGGGGACCAGAAGACGGUCAGAAGGUGCUGCUUGUUCAUGGUAUCUCGACUCCAUGCCUUUCACUGGGAGGUCUCGCCCAUGCCUUGGUAGACAGAGGAUGUCGCGUCAUGAUAUUUGAUCUUUUUGGAAGGGGAUUCUCCGAUUAUCCAGCUGAUGUUCCUCAAGAUCAUCGACUUUUCUCCACACAAAUACUGCUUGCUCUAGCCUCAUCACCACUCUCCUGGACAGGUGCAUCAUCCGGUCAAUUCUCCCUGAUUGGUUUCUCACUAGGUGGCGGAAUUGCCGCUGCUUUUGCUUCGUACUUCCCUAACUUGCUUUCAUCUUUGACCCUUUUGGCACCUGCUGGCUUGCUUCGGGCGUCUCACAUCGGUUGGCAGACUCGGCUUUUGUGUGCUAAAGGCUGGUUCCCUGAAGACAUAGUCAGCAAACUUGUCAAAGGCCGACUUAAAGCUGGCCCACUGGUCAGCCCGAAGAAGCACAAAGAUACAGACAAAGACCAGACUGUCGGUGUUGAGGAUGCCCUCACUGAAGGCCUUGUCGCUUCUCCAAAUCAAGUACUUUCCAGGGCGUACCCAUCAUUGACCACUGCGGCAUCCGUCAAUUGGCAGGUGGAAAAUCAUCCAGGUUUUGUCUCGGCCUUUAUUUCCAGCAUUCGACAUGGUCCGAUUCUACAGAAGACAGAGCUCGAAAAUUGGAAACGGUUGGGAAGCUUCCUCUCUCAACGCAAAGACGAGGAUGACGAUACCAGGAUCGGUCUCUCACAUAACAAGGUUUUGAUCGCACUGGGAGAAACAGACAACGUCAUUGCCAAAGAUGAUACUGUCGAAGAUGCGACUGCUGCAUUAGAAGGAAAUGCACAUUUUAUCUAUUUCAGCAUUGGCCACGAAUUCCCCAGUGUCGAGUACGACAAGUUGGCAAAUCAUCUUAUUGAAUUUUGGAAAUGA